AAAAUGAUAGAGCCAACAAAAGCUGUUGCAACGACCCAAACGGAUCCUAGCGAAAUCGAAGCACUUAGUGUUGGAGCCAGUUCACCAUUGACGUCCAGUACUUCCCUGGAGCCAAAUAAUGUGAUGUCGGUUGCCGUUGAUCCACCAUCUACAGCUGGGCGACAACCAGCAUGGGCUUCAGCAGGGAUAACUCAAACUGAGAAUGCUUUCUGGCAUAGGCACAAGAAUGUUGCUGAGAUGGUGAUCAAAGCUAACAAGACCGUGUCAGAGUUCCUCAGCCAGCUGUCAAGAUCAUGCUUUGCUCCUACGAGACGUAAUCGUCGUUACGAUUUCUCUGCAGCGACUAUGCCAAAAGCAGCUCAACAAAUGGCAGAUGAGAUUUUUGCUGGUUUCUUCCGGGACUUAAAAUGGAGCUGUCACAAACUUCCUGAGGGCUCUCCCACACCCCCCAUGGAGUUUGGCCGACUUCAAGAAGUGAUAGCACAAAUGUCCGUUGCGCUUUUUGAUGAUCGUCGUCAGCCAUUCCAUGCCAUGCUACAGCGAUUUUAUACUUCCGGUUGUCAUAAUGCAUUUUGCGAUCUGAUGGUUGAAAAGCUUGCACCUGCGCUUAAUAACGAAUACAACGAUUGGUUGGAGUUGGCUUUUCUUGAGUGGUUCCGCCUUGCAAGCCGAUUAGCAAAUAAGCAGAACAUGCUUCAUACCCUUUAUCGCCAACCACAGCCUCUAACCGUGGAAUUUGAUCCGAAAAAAUACCUAAAAUUAGUCCACAAUGAUUUCUUCCGCGCCUUUUGUGUACUAUUUGCGAAGCUCUCUGACGAGAAAGUUGAUUUGAAAUGUUGCCAAACACUAUGUGAAACAGCCAUAUCUGUGUACAAAGACGUAAGGAUCGUUUUUAAAAUCUUCUGA